AUGACUUCGAAGAAGACUGGGAUCGUUUCGUCCUUCGUCCCACAUCGUGUGCAGCCAGCCUCGUCUCUGCCUUCCUGCCUGCGUUCCCUCAAGUCCCCCGGCUUCGGCUCCACUACGUUCUCCUGCUCCAGCCACGGUCAACAUCACUCUGCUGCCAUCUGCUUCUGGACACUUUACCCACCGUUGACCCGCCCUGGGUGCGGGGUUGACACGGCGGAGAGCCUGUGGAACCUUUAUAAGGAUCAAACCACUGUGUUGUCUGUACUUGGAAUCACUGGGCUAGCGGAGGAGAUCGAGUGGAUUAAGCAGGCUGCCUACGCCCAGAUUCUCCACAGACCACCCCCAACCAGACCUCCGUUGGCCAGCCUGUCCGCCGCUGCUGCAGCUCCUGCCUCGGCUGUCUCCGCCGCUGCUGCAGCACCUGUCUCAGCUGUCUCCGCCGCUGCUGCAGCUCCUGUCUCGGCUGUUCCCGCCGCUCCAGCAACUGUUGCCACUACUGUCUCUGCUGCUGCUCCCGAUGCCCCACCGUCAGCAGCAGUCUCUACAUCGCUGCCCGGCCCCUCCCGGCGCAGACGCCGGACGCGGCGCCCCAAGAUUUCUCCCGAGGCCAAGCCUGACAUCUCCGCUGAAGCUGCACCAACUGCAGCCGACGUUACCUCCUUUUCCCCGGUGAGUCGGCCGAGUGCAGAUGCCGCCGCUCUUUGGAGUCUGGCUAGAGCACCCCGCAUUCAUGAAGAUCAGCUGUGGGACUUUUUCUACGGGGACAGGGACGACCUUCUCCCAUGUUGGUCCGCCCCUGACGAAACUCCCACAGCCUACGAGGCCGGGGUGCACACCGCCUCACCAACCACCGCAGAGGUUCCCACCGCACACGCCACGGCCCAAGCCUACGUGGGUGUGCGCGCAUCCGCCGAAAGCUCCGCUCUGCCGGCCGCCGAAAGCUCCACUCUGCCGGCUAUAGUUGAGGCUCCUGCUUCGCUGGUCACGCUGGGAGUUCCCGCUGCGCACGCCACGGCCAAAGCCUGCGUGGGUGCGCACAUCUCGCCGCUGCCGGUCUUCACUGACUUCCCGCUGGCUGACGAGAGAAAAGAGCCGCCGGCCGUCGAGAGAAAAGACCACCCUCAAGCUGAAGUCCUGCAGUCCCGCGAGGGGGUCCCGGUGGACCCGCUUCCUCCCUACGCUCCCGAGUCCAGCGAGGCGAGAGGCGGUCCAGGGGAACUCGCCUCCAGCCAAGGCUCCAGAGUGCUCUGA